AUGAAACUCUUUUUAGCGCUGUCAGUGCUCCUCGUGGCGGCAAACGUGGAAGGAUACUCGGGUAUUCCUCAUCCUCUGGCUCUUGCUUCCUCAUUCUCCCAAAUCUGUCACCAACUUGACAAGAUCAACCUUGGGAAUUGCUCUCUCGCGAAUAUAUUCCUCUCAUUGAACGCGACAAAUCCACCGCUUCCAGCACCAUCCACAAACUUGAAACUCAAAUAUGUUGCAUUGGGCCGAGGAACACAGAACUAUACCUGUCCAUCCGAUGCUCUCUCGGAUUCCAAAACUACCAUCAAGCCCCAAGCCGUAGGGGCUGCCGCUACACUCUUCGAUGCCUCUUGCAUUGUGUCGUCAUCUCCUGCCCUCCUCCACAAAGUCCCCGCAAUUAUCAGCAGCACUACCCUUGGAUCUCUCACGUUCAUGGCAGCCCUUGUGGCCCAGGGCACGAGAAGUAACAACCUCAUCAUUGGCGAACAUUACUUUGAUGCCGAUGGGGAACCGGUCUUUGACAUGGCACUCAGUGGCUCCGAUGCCUGGAUUGCUACUAGUAAAAUAGCCUCUACUCCAGCGCCGAAAUCAACAUCGGGAUCAUCUGGCAAUGUCCCGUGGCUUAAGCUAGGAUACAAGAAGGGGAACGGCAUUCAGGAAGUUUACCGAGUGGUGACAUCCCAGGGUAACCCGCCAUCAACAUGUGCUGGUCAAAAUGCAACAAUUCAAGUUGAUUACGCUGCAGAAUAUUGGUUUUACGGGUGA